AUGAUAGACGAUAGCAAUUUAAUGCCGUCAAUGAAUCCUUGUCAAUCAAGAGUACCUUUGCAAACUAAUCAAAAUAAUUUUCAAACGUAUCAGCAAACGAAUAAUCAACAAAGCACGCAAUGCCCCAGCUACCCUGGGAAUUCUCAAGGACAAUAUAUGCAGGGUGGUCCGUUCGGUCAAUUUUACCAGCAAGAAAACUAUCCGUCAACACAAUGUCCCUAUACAACGCAACUGCCAAAUAAUUCGAACAAUGUCUGUCAAGGGAUUCCUUGUCAAAAUACAAUGUCACCUAUGCAGACUCAAGCGAAUACUUACGGAUCUCUACCCCAGAAUAUAAUCGAUCAGAUUCGUUCUUGUAUCACUAACACAGCACCGAUCUUUAUUAUCCCUGGUGGUUGCCAGCAACCGUUGGUAGCUACUCAACAAGCAACUCCAGUUGCUAAUAUAUUAAGUUCUUUGACAAAUCCGGAUAAACAAUCAAAUUAUCCUUCUCCGUUGUGUCCACCACCGAUGUGUCCACCUUCUUUUUAUCCCUAUCCAAUUCCUUUUCCUGUAUUCGAUCCAUAUGGAGCUCGAUCUAACGAACAGCAAAAGAAUUGCGAUUGUUCUUCGAAGAGCAAUUCCGAAUUGACAGGAUUGAGACAAUUUCCACCAUUGUCUUAUCGCGAGGAAGAGCAUCGUUGUACGAAUACCACAGAUGACACGAUCUGUUCGAAAAGAAAUUGUCCCUCGGCAAUCAGUCUUCAAGCUCUGGCAUCUCAGUUACUGGCCAUACAAGGUAUCAUCUCUUGCACAGCUACCCGAUUACUUCUCAGAAAGAUACCGGGAUCGAAUAUAACCACGACGAUAGAGGACACCAUGGAGAAAGCUCAAAGAUCUAUCAACGCUCUCAACAAGGAUCAAUUGUUGAGCGAGUCUAGGAACUCUCAGCAAGUGAACGCUCUGAUAAAUCUUCACAUGACCGCAAAUCCACCGUCCAACAUAAUUCCGAUCCUAACGUUGGUCCAGCUUAAAGUGAACGUUCUGAAGGCACAAGUGGAAAACCAGAUCAAUACAAAACUGAUGGAAAGUCAGGGCUUGGAGGUGGAAGCAACCGAUUUGAUAGAUCCAACUAUCCUUGCUCUGAAAACCGAUGCCGAACUCCGUGAAUUUCUCGUAACUUUAAAACAAAAGGAAUGCGACGAAAGAGUCAACCUGAAUUACUCUCCUUAUCGUUCUCAGCGAGUCAUCGCUGAGAGCAGAUUGAGUAACGUUCAAAAGAAGAUUCAGCAGAUCGAAGUUGAAUUCGAAAGAAGAAGAUGCAACGUUGCACCGUACAUACCGAUGUCUUGUCGAGUCGUACGAGAAUUCGCCGAAACACCAGCUAAUUUUUCGAAGCAUUCGGGUUAUCCAGGUCCUACGAAUUCUAUGACAUCGAAAAGAAGGUUGAUAGAAUCACAGGAAUCUCCGGAUCCUUUCGCGAUUGCGCUCAAAUCUCCAAGAAAACUCCGACUGAAACCGCAUGUCGGUAGUCCCGAAACGACCUACGAUUAUUCGAGUAAAAAGGAAGACCAAGAAGGGACCACGUACGACGACAAAGGUUCUCAGGUUGAACCAGAAACCAAGGAGAUGAAACGAACUGAUGACAGCAAUCAUAAGAGUUGUACUUGUUACGAUGAAACCUCCUCCGAGGAGAGUUCGGAAGAGGAUAAAAAAAAAAAACUUCAACUACAAAUCGACGAGAAAGGAAAGGUGACCGUAACUACUGAGUCUGAGCUGAAGAAUGUGUCCUUCAUGAGACUGGCAUCAAACGUUUCUCUUCGAACGGUAAAGCCAGCCGACGUUUUCGAAAAGAGAGAUCGUAAAGAGAAACCUAGUCGAAGAGAGAUAGAUUCGGAAGACUUCCGUGAACCAUCCUUGUCUACUGUUUCGAAGGUCGAAGAAAUCUCUGAGGUUACAGAAACCGAUGAGCCCUCUGUUAGCGCCGACGUUGAUCUUGUGCCAGAUGUGAAACCAUACGAUACGGUUGAUGAAAAGGAAAGGGAAAGUAUCGAGAGUCCGGACUUAACUUUGGAAGAAGUCAAGGACGACGCUGGUGCCUACAAGGACGAGAAAGAGGAAAAGAAAGUUUCUAUAUCUGACGUUAAUAUCACUGACGAAGAAAAGAUUAAAAAGAUGAUGGAUAGAACAGAUUUUAAAGAGUUUACUCCUUCGAAUGAUAAAGAGGUUCAAAUUCCUGACAGUAAAUUAGAUAAGACAAGUGUGAGUAUCGAAGAAGGCGUAAUAGAAGUUGAUAAGAUAAAGACCAAUGCGUACGUCGAAGAAUCGCGAGAGAAAAUUUCGACGAACGAUAUCGAAAAAAAAUUAUACACCGUUAAAGAAGAAGAAAUCGACGAUAUCACAAAAUUCCAAACGGCAGAAACGGAAAGAACGAUGGAAGUUGGGAAUCCUAAGAAAACCUUCGUAACCAUAGAGAGUAUAAAAACCAAUCCUACGAAGAUUGACGAAGAAUAUAUCGAUGAACCUACGCCGAGAAGUUCGAAAAUCGACGACGAACUUGCUGAAAACCCAAAGAAAACAUUUCUGACGAUUUUCAAAGUCGAGGAUUCGGUAAAACCCGAAAAGGAGAAGACUAUCGAAGUUGAGAAUCCUAAGAAAACGUUCAUAAACACGGCGGCUAUAAAAAUCGAACCUUCGAAGAACGAGAAAGAAUGCAUCGACGAACCUGAAUAUGCCGAUGAAUCUACGCCGAGAAAUUCGAAAAUAAACGACGAACUUACUGAAAACCCAAAGAAAACAUUUCUGACGACUUUGAAAUUCGAUAAUUCGAUAACACCCGAAAUUAAAGACGAAACGGAGAAAACGAUCGAAGUUAAGAGUUGUAAAAAAACGUUCGUAAGUACGACGACUUUAAAAGUCGAACCUCCGAAGAUCGAGAAAGAAUACACCGAUGAACCUACGCCGAAAAGUACGAAAAUCGCCGAAGAACUUAUUGAAAAAUCAAAGAAAACAUUUCUGACGUAUUUCAAAUUCGGUAAUCCGGUAAAACCCGAAGUUAAAGACGAAACGGAGAGAACGAUCGAAGUUAAGAAUCCUAAGAAAACGUUCAUAAGCACGACGAGUAUAAAAGUCGAACCUCCGAAGAUCGAGAAAGAAUAUAUCGAUGAAGCUACGCUGAGAAGUACGAAAACCGACGACGAACUUACUGAAAAACCAAAGAAAACAUUUCUGACGACUUUCAAAUUCGGUAAUUCGGUAAAACCCGAAAGUAAAGAUGAGGAUAAGAGAGCGAUCGAAAGUAAAGAUUCUAAAAAAACGUACGUAUCAAAGGCGUUCAUCAAAAUCGAAUCUGAAGAGAGCCACAAACAGAGACGACUAGAAAGAAAAAUAUUUAAAAGUAAUCCGAUGGAAAUGAGAAUAAAUCUGAACAAUAGGAAAGGAACCGAUGAAAAAGAUCAGGAGAAGAGCGUAGGUACGAAUACUACUAUCGCGACAAUAUCGAUAGGAAAGAAAGAAGAUGAAGUGAAAGAGAAGGAAAAGUCAGACGUAGGAACAAACGAGAAGAUCGUAUCGUUGUUGACGGAGAUUAAAUACGACGAACCCGAAGCAAUCGCCGAGCUAUUUCGAAGCGCGUUGACUCGAAAUUUUCAGUUGGAUAACGAUAUCGCCGAUCGAUCCUGCGAAUCGAAAUACGAGAGCUCGGAAACUGGGAACUACUAUAGGGUGACUUUAUCGUUCUCGGAAAAUCGCUUCCCACGGAAAAUCGAUAUCAAGGAGCAGGAGGACGGUACGAAACAUUUGAAUAAACAAAACCGAGAUGCAUCUAAAAACGCGUUUGAUCCGGAGCAAACAUGGACUAAACUAAAUAUAUGCAAGUAUAAUAACGAUACGGCGAGAUUCCCGUUUGUAAAUAGCGAUCGUGACACCUCGAAAUCUGUCGUCGAAAACAACAAAAGUAUAUUAUCGGAAAUAAUCUCUUUAAUGAGCAAUCAGAUAUCAUAUUUCGGUAGCGCGAUCAAUAAAAUGUCCUUAUUUGGAAAUACUCUGUCGAAUUUUGACGGAUCGGUAUCUAAUAAGAUAAAUUCUACAAAGAGUAAUUAUUCCAAGAGUAGGUCAAAGGAUUUCGAAAAAAUUUGGUCCAAACCUUGCAAAGAAUAUCUUGCUAUAUUCGAAGACGUUAGGAAACUCGACAACGAUGAAAUAGAAAAUCUUGAUCGUUUCCUAGCGUCCAAUUCGAAACGAUCGAUUAAAAAGUUAGAUAAGAAGGUACGACACGUUAUCAGGAAUAGCUCGUUACGUGUAUCAAAGAAAGACGAUAACAACGAGAUACGAGAUAGGCUCAGAUAUAUGAUCAUCAAAGACAAGGAUAAUAAAAAAAGUUAUUUGAUGCCUCAGGAUUCGUUUCGAAGAAACAACUCGCAACCCUAUCCAAGACCAAAUAUUGGUCGACCGUACAAAAUACGAAGAAAUUUGUUGAUCCGCAGUCGUCUCAAAGAGUGCAACGCGUUCAAACAAAAUCUUCUUCCUCCUUUCACGAUCGUGAAACGAACGCACGUUAGAAACUGGAAAUCUUUUUGUGAAACGCCCGAACAGGAAAAGAGAAGAGGAACGUUUUCUCGCGUAAAGAACGUCAAGAAAGACGAAAACUUCUUUUCGUUCCCUUUGAUAAAGGAAAAGAAUUCGAAAAUUAGUUCUACGCUUGAGAAAUCGCCCAUCUCAAAGGCAAUACCCAACGAAUCUGACACAAAGACCACGGUAACUUUCUUUUCGACCGAUUCUUGCGUAUCCAUCGAAGAAAACGUCACUUUGAAAAGUCAUGAUUAUUGAAAGCACUUUGUUUUGAGAAACGAUAAAAAAGAAAAAAAAAAAAGAGAGAGUAAGUAGGAAUAACGCUUAAGAGUUUUCGAUAAAGAUUUAUCCCACUUAUUUUUAUAAAGAAAGAGAAAUGGGGAAAGAAAUUACAUGUCUCAAUAAUAAGACGAUACAAUAGAGUGUAACUUCUUUUUCUUUAUUUAAUAACUUUUACUAUCUCGUCAAAUAAUUGUUUUACCGCUAUAGCCGUUUAAUUAAGAAUUUGAGAAACUUGACGUAGUUAAAGAUACUACAACAAAAUCCAACAGCCGAAUAAUCGUAUAAUUGAUUUGUUUCCUUUUUUUUUUUGUACACUAUAGCGGGGAGAAAAUGAGUGAAACGGGAUGGAUGAAAAAGUAUAUAUGUAUGUAUGUAUGUAUGUAUGUAUGUAUGUAUGUAUGUAUGUAUGUAUGUAUGUACGUAUGUAUGUAUGACAACAUAUACAUACAUAUAGAAUUUUUCAAUUGCUCGCACACAUACACACGCACACUCGACAAACACUAAUUUCGAAUUAAAUUUUCGGUAUGACCGUAAAAUCCGUAUCGUUUGUUGCAUUCAAUAAACAUCAGAGUAUAAUUUCACUUUAAUACCUAUAUAGAUAGAUAUAUGUGUGUAUAUAUAUAUAUAUUAAAUUUCUUACAACCUAAAAAAUGAAUUGGUAAUAAAAAAAAAUUAACAGAUUUGAAACACACACUGGUCGUAAAUGAAAUUUUAAUACCGUGAUAGAUGAAAAUGACGUAUCGUAUAACUUGAAGUCUAAAAAUCUAUUGAAGAAAAAAAAAAACAAAACAAAACAAAACAAAAAAAAAACAAAGAUAAAGAAAGAAAAAUGAAGAGAAGUGUCAUACCAUUUUCUUUCCAACACACAGGCUUAUUGUAUAAUAACGAAAGUAUGUUUAAGCGUUAGCUUUAUAAAGUUAAGGACGAAGCAUAGAUAGGAAUGAUAAUUUCCAUAUUGAUCGUGUCAGAAUGCAUCGUUUAGACGUUUGGGUAGCGCUUUUAUGUGCUAAUUGCCUCUGCAACUUGUAAUUGAAGAUAGAAGCUGUAUAUAGCCGUGUAUGUCGAAUUAUUGCUAUGGGUACCGAUCGUACGUUCGUUGCAAAACAUUCAUAUACGCAUAUGUAAGAUGUUUAUAUGAAUAAACGUCUGAAACAACAAACGUACGUACUACAAUAUGAAAGUUACAAACGGACCGUGUGCUUAGCAUAAAUAUACUAGAUACUUAUACAACUAACGAUUAACCUUCUUUUUUAUUCCCUUUGUUUAUUCAAAAUACGUUUGUCAAAUCGAAGCGAAGAAUUGAAAUUUUAUUUAAAUAAUAAUAAUUCCAUACUUUUAAAUAUGUAAUUCUUUUUUUUGUUUGUUUCUUUUCUUUUCUCUCUCUCUCUCUCUCUCU